CGCCGCCUGUUCGCCUCCAACAAUACUUAAUCUGAUUAUUAAUUAAUGAUUCCGCUUUGGCUCCUCUCCAUCAAACGGAGUCCUCCCCACUCCACGCAACGCAACGUAAGGGAGAAGAACAUCUCCCGCGCAAGAAAGAACGGAAAACAAGAAGAGAUACUAGUACGAUCGAGUCCUUAUCCGGUACAGAAUCCGGGCUUUCUCCGGCUCCGCACGCCCCGCCUGCUUCCUCGACUCCAACUCCUUUCCUCCACUCCGCCGGCGCCGGCUCGCUUUUAUUUAAUUUUUAUUUUACUCCAGACCCAGUCCUCCUACUCCGCUCUCCCUUCUCCUGCCUCGUUCCUCAUCCGUUCGAGACAACAAACUCCGGUGUGCUCGCGGACAUGGCCAAGCGACGGGGGAGUCGUUUUGCUUUCCCAGGGUGCGGCUGCUUCGGAGGCGCCAAGACGGUCGAGGCUGAUGACGAGCACCCGGUGAAGCUGCAUGCCUACGAUCUGAGCCAGCGGAUGGCGCCGCAGCUGUCCACCACGACCCUCGACAAGCCUCUUCAGGCAGUCUGGCACACAGGGGUGGUAGUUUAUGGGAAAGAAUAUUACUUUGGUGAAGGCAUUCAGCAAGACCGGCCUGGAAGGACACCAUAUGGAAUACCAGUCCGAGUAGAAGAUUUCAGGGUCACACAUGUUGCCGAGAAGGAUUUCGAGCACUUCUUGCAGGAGAUCCGCCCGCGCUACACACAGACGACCUGCAACCUCCUCAGCAACAACUGCAACAGCUUCAGCAAUGAGGCCCUGAAGUUCCUUGUCGGCUCCACGGUUCCAAACUAUAUCUUUGACAUGCCAAAACAGGCGAUGAACAGUCCAAUCGGCAUGUUGAUGUUGCCGAUGAUUCAGGGGCUAGAGACAACCUUGCGAUCCGGAUCUUCUCCCCAGCCUCCCCAGUUUGCACCUGCUCCUGCAGUGGAAAAGCAGGCCCAGCCUUCCACGGAUAAUGUUCAGAUGAAGUCGAGAUCAACCAACGCCGAUAAAACAGGUGCUGACAAGACGGCGGACAACGACGGUGAGAUUAUCCCGCCCACAGCAGCGGUGCAGAAGCAGCCUUCCACGAAUGACAUUCAGAUUCAGUCAAGAUCAAUAACAACCGAUAAAACAAGCGCAGACAAGACGGCGGACGAUGACAGAGAGAUCAUCCCGCCCGCAGCAGUGGUGCAGAGCUCUUCCACAAAUGGCAUUCAGAUUCAGUCGAUGUCAAAUGUCGCCGAUAGAACUGGUGCUGACAGGACGGUGCACAGUGACAGUGAGAUCAUCCCGCCAGCCAAAACGGCACAGACACAGCCUUCGAUGAAUGACAUUCAGAUACAAUCCAAGCCAAUCGUCGCCGAUAGAAUGGGAGCUGACAAGAUGGCGGACGAUGACAGCAAGAACAUCCUGCCUGCUGUGCAACCUGCUCCGACAGCAGCGCCACAAAUGCAGCCAUCCUCGAACAAUGUUCAGAUCAAGACGACAGACGAUGGUAGUGGGAUCAUCAACCCACCCACUGUGAAACCUGCUACUCCGGCAGCUGAGGUGGCUCAGGUGAGGGCGACAUUAGCAACAUCCCCGGACCCACUCAGGGAGGCGAGAAACCGUGCGCAGGAAGAGAUAAAGCGGGAGUUCGCAGCCAUCAUGGCGACAGGCACCGCACAAGCAAGCGAAGCGGCAGCCCUUGCGACACGGAGGGUCAUGGAGCGGUACGGGCUACGGCAUGCUGCCACCAAGCGGGGAGGAUAGAACAAAUGUGGUAUUUGUAUGCACAACGGUAUGCUCACGAUGUAAUUCCAUGAUUUCCAUCCCAUCAAAUAUACUUAUAUCUGCUUGAUUCUCAAAAAAAAAAAACUUAUCUGCUUGUCGUGC